AUGGGACUGGUUUGUCCAGCCAACCAAAAGCAAAAUCACAUAAUUCUUCGGACGGCUGGCUUUGUUGUCGAGAAAGGAGCACAAAUGGAGAUCGUCAUCAAGGCGAAGCAGAGAGACAACAAUGAGCACUUUGGCUUUCUUCAAUUCGACAACCAGCUUCACCCGUACUAUAAAUAUAUGAUGAAGAUGAUCCGAGAGAAGAAAUACAAAGUGCCGGAUUUCGACCGCGAGAAGAUGAUGAGGAGGAAGUUGGGGAAGAACCCUCCGACGACUACAGUCCCUACUGCUUCCGAAUCCUUGAAGACGUCAAAUUCUACCCAUUCGUUAGGUUUAGAAUAUGACGAUGAUUCCGAUUCUGACUAUGAACUACAUCCUCUUCUGUCUGUGAGCUCUGUCCCAGCAGCUCCCGUGCAACAGGCCCCACCUGUCAGUGUCCAAAAAAGUCGCAACGAUUUGUUGAAGAAUCUGAAGAGCACUGAUACCCAUUACACCUCUCUCUUCCGGAAUCUCGUCGAAUUGAAAGUAAAAAGCGCAACGGAAGAAGAUGAUAAAGGCCAACCGAUCGCAAACGCCGGGCCGGAUUUGGAGUUUCAAAAAUGGUGGAGUUUCUUCUAUGAAGCGCCCUGCCCGAUUUCAAAGCCAGCUCCAAUCAAGGAGCCCCCGGCUGAACAACUGGAAGUGAUCGAGCAUUGCGCUGAGUAUUCUGCUAAAUAUGGAGCAGAAGGGGAGCGGAUGCUGAGAGAACAGCACGUGCUUGACGGUGCGCAAGGCAAAUACACAUUUAAUCUUGGUUUCCUCAACCUGCACUCCCCAUAUCAUUCAUACUACCAGCAAAAGGUAAAAGCACAUCAAGAGGAGCUCGGCUAUUAUCCGCCUGAACCGGCGCCUCUGUUAAUGACUGUCGAACCUCCACCCGGUUUUGUUCCCGAGUAUCAAUCGCUCGCUGACGCCAUUCAAGUCUCUGCGCCCUCCCCUCCCCUAAAUCGAAAGCAGAGAAGGCGGCUACAGGAUGCCCCGAAAGCUGACAUUGUAGUUCCGGUUUCUGUCAUUGAUCCAUGUACCUCACAGACAGUUGAUCCGGGUCAGUCGCAGGUCUCCUUUCAUAUCGCUGCGAAUUCUAGUAAAUUAACAGCGCCUCAGCCAACCGUGACGGCACUCGAUGAGGAUGUAACGGACGCGUACAAGGCGCCCAUUCCGAAGCCGCCUACACCUCCGACGAUCCAAACUGAUCUUCAACUAGAAAGAAAAGAAAAGUGUGCAAGGAAGAGCGCGAGCGUAAAGAAUCUCGGCGGCACUCGAGGGACCGUAGUAGGAGUCGCGAUCGGCGCCAUAGAGACCGAAGUCGAAAUCGAAGUAGGAUGCGCAGUAGAGAACGAAGUCGUGAUCGGAAGGACAGACGGCGCAGGUCUGGUUCACGAUCGAAAGCAAAGAAACGUCGAUCGCGCAGUCGAUCAAGCUCGGAAUCAGGCAAAGAAAAUUCCGCUGGUAUUUUGUGUUUCUAAGCAACAUCGAGCUAUUCUGAAAGAUGCAAAAGACUUCAAGGACCUAAGCCGGCGGCUAAACAUAAUGGCGCCCCACAAAGAAAAAGCUGGACAUCAUGUAAAAGUUGAACACACGGAGGAUAUAAAAGCAGCCGCGGCAAUGUCUUUGAAACAUCAAAACCGGAAGGUCCAGACGGCGUCUGCCGAGUUUUUGGAGGCUCUUCCUGAACGCGACCACAACGUCAACCUACAUUUCUUGGAGAACUUGAAACAAGGCAACGACACUUGUGAGAUACAAACCAUCUGUGUGCCAGUCCCCUUUAUUCCGCAAGACAACAGUAUGGUGAUCUGGCCGACCUGUAUCGAGAUACCGCGUUGUAUUGGGUCGUGCUGCGAUAGCACCGACAACUGCAAGUCUUCAUAUACAAUCCUCCAAAACUUUACGGUUGCCGUCAUGAAAUACAUGGGUGGCGAUGACUUUGCCUAUCAUGGUGUGGAGGUGGUGGCGAUGGAAAAGCAUCUAGCUUGCAAUUGUCACAAUUGUGAAAAUCAACAAUGCGGUCAUGAAAAUAAAAUCGUCGACGGCAGCUGUGAAUGCGUCUGUGAUCCAGCAAAACGAGAAAAAUGUCAAGGUGCCUGGGAUGACGAAGAAUGCCUGUGUAAAUGCAACAAUGAAUUAUUGUGUGCCGGUGGAUCCUUUGACCGAGCCCAUUGCAUCUGCCACGCAACACUGAAUCAAGUCCGGUCACGGCACAGUGGACGAAUGGGGAAAGCGAUGAACAGAAGAGAUAGUAGUUGGGACAGCAUCGUCGAAGUUCCCGCUAUUAAU